CACACAGUAAGGGUGCGGUUUCUGUGCUCAGAAGAACUUGCAGUUGCUUUCAGAAAAGAAAGACAAACAUAAUGAUGCAGUAAGACUAGCUGUCGCCUCCUAUUCUCACUGCCCAGAGAGACAGUCAAAAGACCAGGAACACGAGAUGGUCCAUCCACUGUGGUUCUGCCUUUUGAGCACAUGGCAUUGCUGCCUCCUGGGGAAACAGAUGUUACCAGAUGUGGAAGCUAACGGGCUGCACACGGGUUCUGUAUGCUGGGAGUUCCAUGACGUCAGACAUUGGCAGGAGCAGUGCAUAGUGCCUGGUUCAAGCAGAGUUAUGACAGGAAGGAAACUUGCCAGCAGACUGAAACACUGUGAUUGUCCUCCUCAAGAUCCGACAGUCCUUGGGGGAAAAUGUGGUCAAGGAAUCUUAUGGCAAGGGCAUUAUAUGACAAUGUCCCAGAGUGUGCUGAAGAGCUGGCCUUCCGUAAGGGAGAUAUCCUGACUGUCAUAGAGCAGAAUACUGGGGGACUAGAAGGAUGGUGGCUGUGCUCUCUACACGGUCGUCAAGGCAUUGUCCCAGGAAACCGAGUGAAGCUUCUGAUUGGUCCUGUGCAAGAAAACCCAUCCAGUCUUGACCAGCCUGCUUCUGGACCAGGGCACCAGACUUUGGGCCAACAGAGGCUCUAUCAAGUGCCAAACUCACAGGCAGCAUCUCGUGACACCAUUUACCAAGUGCCACCUUCCUACCCCAAUCAGGGAAUUUACCAAGUACCCACUGGCCAUGGUUCCCAAGAACAAGAUGUUUAUCAAGUGCCACCAUCAGUACAAAGAAGCAUUGGAGGCACCAAUGGUCCUCACUUAAGUAAAAAGGUGGUAACCCCCGUGCGGACCGGCCAUGGCUAUGUGUACGAGUACCCAGCCAGAUACCAAAAGGAUGUCUAUGAUAUCCCUCCUUCCCACACUACUCAAGGGGUAUAUGAUAUCCCUCCUUCAUCAGUGAAAGGCCCUGCAUUUUCAGUCCCAGUAGGAGAGAUAAAACCUCAAGGGGUUUAUGACAUCCCUCCAACUAAAGGGGUCUAUGCCAUUCCACCACCUGCCUGCCGAGAUGAAGCAGGCCUUCGGGAAAAGGAAUAUGACUUUCCUCCUCCGAUGAGACAACCUGGAAGGCCAGACAUCAGACCUGAGGGGGUUUAUGACAUCCCCCCAGCCAGCACCAAGCCAACGGAGAAGGACCUUCACACCAAAUGCAACUGUGAUGUUCCAGGAGCCACUGAGCCUGUGCCUCGAAGGCUCCAGGCCCUGUCCCUGCAUCAUUCACCCCCACAGCUGGCUCAGUCCUCAGGCACCCCGAGCGAUGCCUAUGAUGUCCCCCGCGGGGUCCAGUUUCUGGAACCACCAGCAGAAAGCCAUGAGAAAGCAAACCCCCAGGAAAGAGAUGGUGUUUACGACGUCCCUCUGCAUAACCCAGCAGAGACUAAGGGCUCCCGGGAUGUGGUCGAUGGAAUCAACCGACUGUCUUUCUCUAGUACAGGCAGCACCAGGAGUAAUAUGUCCACAUCUUCCACCUCUUCAAAGGAGUCCUCCCUAUCAGCCUCCCCAUCUCAGGACAAAAGACUCUUGCUGGAUCCAGAUACAGCCAUCGAGAGGCUCCAUCGGCUCCAGCAGGCCCUGGAGAUGGGUGUGAGUAGCCUCAUGGCACUGGUCACCACAGACUGGAGGUGUUACGGAUACAUGGAGCGACACAUCAAUGAGAUACGCACCACUGUAGACAAGGUGGAGCUGUUUCUGAGGGAGUACCUCCAUUUUGCCAAGGGUGCUGUAGCUAAUGCCUCCUGCCUCCCAGAACUUGUCCUCCACAACAAAAUGAAGCGAGAGCUCCAAAGAGUCGAAGACUCUCAUCAGAUUCUAAGUCAAACUAGCCAUGACUUAAAUGAAUGCAGCUGGUCUCUGAAUAUCCUAGCCAUCAACAAGCCCCAAAACAAAUGUGAUGAUCUGGACCGGUUUGUGAUGGUGGCCAAGACAGUGCCUGACGAUGCCAAGCAACUGACCACCACCAUCAACACCAAUGCCGAGGCCCUCUUCAGACCAGGCCCCAGCAGUUGGCAUCUGAAGAAUGGGCCUGAAAGUAUCACGAACUCACCUGAGUACACACACCCUGGGUCCCAGAUGCAACUGCUACGGCCUGGUGACUAUAAGACCCAGGCCCACAGCAAACCACUGACCCCUACCCUGGGCAAGGACCAGCCACCAGACUGUGGUAGCAGUGAUGGCUCAGAAAGAAGCUGGAUGGAUGAUUAUGAUUACGUCCACCUACAGGGUAAGGAGGAGUUUGAGAGGCAACAGAAGGAGCUGUUAGAGAAAGAGAAUAUCAUCAAACAGAGCAAGAUGCAGCUGGAACAUCAUCAGCUGAGUCAGUUCCAGCUUUUGGAACAAGAAAUCACCAAGCCGGUGGAGAAUGAUAUCUCCAAGUGGAAGCCCCCUCAGAACCUCCCCACCACAAACAGCACCGUGGGGGUCCAGGAUCGGCAGUUACUUUGCUUCUACUAUGACCAGUGUGAGACUCAUUUCAUAUCCCUUCUUAACGCCAUUGAUGCUCUCUUCAGCUGCGUCAGUUCAGCUCAGCCUCCUCGGAUCUUUGUGGCCCACAGCAAGUUCGUUAUCCUCAGUGCACACAAACUGGUGUUCAUUGGAGAUACCUUGACAAGGCAGGUAGCUGCCCAGGAUAUCCGCAACAAAGUCAUGAACUCUAGCAACCAGCUCUGUGAACAGCUCAAGACCAUAGUAAUGGCAACCAAGAUGGCGGCCCUCCAUUAUCCCAGCACCACAGCCCUGCAGGAAAUGGUGCACCAAGUAACUGACCUGUCCAGAAAUGCACAGCUCUUCAAGCGCUCCUUGCUGGAGAUGGCCACAUUCUGAGAAGAAAAGGACCAGAACCAGGAGAGGGCUGAAUGAAUGAUUACUAAGGAAAACUGGAAAUACUAUCUGGUUUUUGUAAAUAUUAUCUAUUUUUAUAGAUUAUUUUAUAUGAAAAUGGAAUAUUUUAACAUUUUAUGAGUUAGACAACUUUCAGAAAAUUCAGGGAGCUAGAGAGGGAAAUCACUUAUUUUUCCCUGUGUGGUUCUUAUGUAGACAUACAAGUAUCUAAGACAUAAGCUGUAUAGAAAUUUGUCCCUGUGUUGUGGAUUUGUGUUUGUAGAUGUUUGUCUGAUACAUUCCAUUGAAAAAAAUGAAUUAAAAAGCACCUUAGUAAGUACCUCCGAAUGCUGCAUUUUGGGGAUUUUUAGAAAAAUGUACCAGCUGUUUGUAAUAUUGCUCUACAUGUUUUCAUGAUGAUCUGAGUCUGGCACACCCAAAUCUGGGAAGCAUAGUAUGUUUGCCAGUGUUUUCCUCCCACACAAUGAGGCACAGUAUGGCUUAUUCGUGUUUGGAAACUUAUUUCAAAAUCAACUGCCUUGAACACAUUCUAACAAAAUGCUCCAUUUAUGGUUGAAAAAGUCCUUUUGGGGGGAAAUUUUCAGAAAGUCCUUAUUAACUCAAGUUCCAAAAUGUCAGGUCCCAGGAAGAAAGAGAGGCACAUGUACUAUAUUAAGAAGCUAUGUCCAUAGUUGAUUAAGAUGGGAUUGUUUCAACACUUGACAAGAAGCUACAAUAAAGAGAGAAUACUAGUUUCCCUGGGGGUACUGGAUCUGGAUUUGUAAGUGAUUCAGGCAUGACACUUUUCAAAAGUCUCUUAGAAUUGUUUUUUCCAACAAUAUUUGCAGCAGAAUUUCAUGAAAACACAUGAGAAUUGCCAAACACAAUUUAAAAAGGAAUAGUUUCAUCUGCCAGUUGUAAGUAAAGGCCUUUCUGACUCUUCACAUCUACUUAGAUACGCCUAUCCCCAUUCAGAGGGAAACUGACAGUUCCUUCAUUACGGAAGUUUAGUGUUACCAGGCCAUAUCUUUCUUUCUUACUGCUUGGUAACACUUGCCUUAAAGCUCAAAUAUGCAGCUGCACAGUCCCCCUAAUCUUUACAACUCUGUGUGGCCAGUGACUAUGGACAAUCCCCACCUCCAUCUCAAAGCUAAUCACAACAUUUAUUCCAUAUUCUGUCUCCUUACACCUAAACUGUGUGAAUAGGGCAUUGGCCAUCAGCUUCAUCAUGGGCAAUUUGGUAAUUUGGUAAACAUAUUCCUAUAUUGCCGAGUCAAGUUAUACUAUCUACUCAGGAAGCUAAGAUCUGAAGCUCGAGAUUCAAAGCUAGCCCACACAGGAAACUCUGAGAGGCUUUUUUUUCUCCAAUUAACCACCAAAAAAUAAGAUGUUUUCUAUGAUCAGUCAGUACACAGAAGUAGUUUCAUUCUAGCCCAUUUGGUAACAUGUUUUUAUUUGCAAUUUCUGCCUAUUUAAUAGAGAACAACCAAACUAUCGGAACAAGAAAAGAUUAAAGAAGAAUGCAUGAUCUUAGUGCAUUUUUAAAAAAACAAAUCACUGGAAAUUAUCGUGGAUGGUGCUUUUCCAAACAAUUGCUAUGGUAAUUCUCAAAGCUCUUCAUUGUACAAAGAUUAAAGCUGUCUUGUACAACAAGUAAAUGUGUAUGGAGGAAAAGUGUUGCUGAGCAGCAGUAACACUUGAAGCAGUUAAAAAGUGUAUAUAUCCUUGUAUAUUUCCUUGUAUGAUGUAUAUUCCUUAGGAGAUGAUGGAUUCGUCCUAAGCUACAUGGUGACACUUCAUGUUUUCAGAACCAAAAUCUUCCAUCUCUGUCAUUCUUUGCCAUCUUGUAGAUGUAGAGGUUCUUUUUAAAUCAUUAAAUUUUUGGAUCUGUUUUCAUA